AUGAAACAGACAUGGGAGGGUUCUAACGUAAUGGGUACAGUUAAUGACCGCGGCGGGAGCAAAGGUACAAGUAAAGACCUGGCUAUCGGAUUUGGCAGUUUAUACAGAGCGCCAAAAACGUGGGAUGGACAGGCGCAUGACGAAGGUUGGUGGGUAACAGUCGAGCACCAAACACGGGCAACACACACGACGAGCCGCACAGCUGGCUGGCGUCGAUACAGAGGGAUGGCUGCAGUUGAGUCGAUCGAGAUGUUAGCGGCAGAAGUUAGCAGAAGCCCGUAUCUGGCGGGGAACCAUGGGUGGGGGAAUGAUGUCAGGGUGACCGAUCUGCAAGCGCGACCAGCCCGCCUCCCGGCACUACCGAAAGAGACCACGCAGGCGAGCGAGGGCAGGGGGAGACCGACCAAAGACGGCAGGAGAGCUCCCUAG